GCCUUUCGCUCCGCCCCCCGGCCGCCGAGUCCGCCAAUCCCUGCCCUCGGGAAGCGUGGCCCGGUAUCCCGCAGCCCUAGCGGGUCGCGGCGGAGGGGGUUGGAGGCGGAAGUGGCGGCGCCGGGCCCCGGGAGUAGGAAGGAGCCGGGGCUGCAGCCGGAGUGGAGCGGCUGCCAGCCGAGGAACAGGCGCGGCCGCGGCGCCAUAUUGCGGCCCCCAGCGGCCGCGACCGAGUCAUGGCCGAGACCUACGACUUCCUCUUCAAAUUCCUGGUGAUUGGCAGCGCAGGCACCGGCAAAUCAUGUCUCCUUCAUCAGUUCAUCGAGAAUAAGUUCAAACAGGACUCCAACCACACGAUCGGCGUGGAGUUUGGAUCCCGGGUGGUCAACGUGGGUGGGAAGACUGUGAAGCUACAGAUUUGGGACACAGCUGGCCAGGAGCGGUUUCGGUCGGUGACGCGGAGUUACUACCGAGGGGCGGCUGGAGCCCUGCUGGUAUACGACAUCACCAGCCGGGAGACUUACAACUCGCUGGCUGCCUGGCUGACGGACGCCCGCACGCUGGCCAGCCCCAACAUCGUGGUCAUCCUCUGUGGCAACAAGAAGGACCUGGACCUGGAGCGUGAGGUCACUUUCCUGGAGGCCUCCCGCUUUGCCCAGGAGAACGAGCUAAUGUUCCUGGAAACCAGCGCUCUCACUGGCGAGAACGUGGAGGAGGCUUUCCUGAAGUGUGCUCGCACCAUCCUGAACAAGAUCGACUCAGGUGAGCUGGACCCUGAGAGGAUGGGCUCAGGCAUUCAGUACGGUGACGCUUCCCUUCGCCAGCUGCGGCAGCCUCGGAGCGCCCAGGCCGUGGCCCCUCAGCCCUGUGGCUGCUGAGACCUGUGGAGCCAGCUCACCUGUUCUCCAGGACCAGCCCUGCCCUUCCGGCUGGGGCCCUGAUCCAGGCCCCAGGAGGCCAAGCCCCUCACCUGCCCUGGCCCCAGAGAAGCUGCCCCGCCACCUGACCCCUUCCCUGGCCUGGUGGGGCCUGGCUGAGGGGCAAGACUGAGCCACGGGGGAAGGGGGAAUCCAUACCUGCUGCUGCUUCAUCUGUCUUGGCUAACCCUUGUCCCCCCUGAACCCCUAACCAUACUCGAAGAGUUCCCAAAGCCUGAGACCAAGGCCAUUUGGCCCCAGCUCCCUGCCUGGUCCUGGCGUUGCGAGUACAUGUUAUUUAUUACCUGGAGACCUGUCCCGUCCCCACCCCUCCCGCAUAAAGCAUUGUUUACACCUGU